AUGUUGAAAGGAAGGCAAAUCGGUUCUACGAAUGAAUCGCUGGCAUCAGUUGGACAGAAUGACCCACUGCACUCAAACGUACCUGCGACCAAAAUAGAAGUUACCGUCUCGUGCAGGAAUUUGUUGGACAUUGACACAUUCUCCAAGUCUGAUCCAGUUGUUGUGCUGUACGUGCAGGGGAUUGGGACCAAAGAAUGGAGGGAGUUUGGACGAACUGAGGUGAUUAACACCACACUGAAUCCAGACUUUGUGAGAAAGUUCGUGGUGGACUACUUUUUUGAAGAAAAACAAAAUCUUCGAUUUGAUGUUUAUAAUGUAGACACCAGAAGUUCAAAUAUGACUAAACAUAAGUCGUUUCUCGGCCAGACAUUCUGUGCCCUGGGGGAGAUCAUCGGCUCUAAAGGAGGCAGGCUGGAGAGGAACCUCUCGGGGAUUCCAGGGAAGAAGUGUGGGAUCAUUAUUUUCACAGCCGAGGAGCUCAGUAACUGCAGGGAUAUUGCAACUAUGCAGCUCUGUGCAAAUAAGCUGGAUAAAAAGGAUUUCUUUGGGAAGUCCGAUCCUUUCCUGGUGUUCUAUCGCAGUAAUGAGGAUGGGACGUUCACCAUAAGUCACAAGACAGAGGUGAUAAAGAACACUCUGAAUCCAGUGUGGCAGCCCUUCACCAUCCCAGUACGAGCUCUCUGUAAUGGAGAUUAUGACCGGACGGUCAAAGUGGAUGUUUAUGACUGGGAGCGGGAUGGGAGCCACGACUUUAUCGGCGAGUUCACCACCAGCUACAGGGAGCUGUCUCGAGGUCAGAGUCAGUUUCACGUCUACGAGGUUUUAAACCCUAAAAAGAAAGGGAGGAAGAAAAAAUAUAUCAACUCUGGAACGGUAACUCUUCUCUCCUUUAAAGUGGAGUCUGAGUACACAUUUGUGGAUUUUAUUCGAGGAGGGACACAGCUGAACUUCACUGUGGCCAUUGACUUCACCGCCUCCAAUGGCAACCCGUCCCAGCCCACGUCCCUACACUACAUGAGUCCCUACCAGAUGAAUGCGUACGCCAUGGCCCUGAAGGCGGUGGGGGAGAUCAUCCAGGACUACGACAGCGAUAAGCUCUUUCCUGCAUACGGCUUCGGAGCCAAGCUGCCCCCGGAGGGAACAGUCUCCCACGCUUUCCCCCUGAACAGGAGCAGUGCGGAUGCCAGCUGUGUGGGUAUAGAGGGGGUCUUGGAGGCCUAUUUCCAGAGCCUCACCACUGCACAGCUCUACGGACCCACCAACUUCGCCCCCAUCAUCAACCUCGUCGCCCGGAUGGCAGCGGAUGAGAUGGAUGGGUCCCAGUAUUUUGUCCUGCUGAUCAUCACCGAUGGCGUCAUAUCAGACAUGGUGCAGACCAAGGAGGCCGUGGUGAACGCUUCUAGCUUGCCCAUGUCCAUUAUAAUUGUGGGAGUUGGUCCUGCCGAGUUUGAUGCCAUGGAGGAGCUGGAUGGUGAUGAGGUCAGGGUGUCCUCUAGGGGGCGCUUGGCUGAGCGGGACAUUGUUCAGUUUGUGCCGUUCCGCGACUACGUUGACCGCUCGGGUAACCAGGUGCUGAGCAUGGCGCGGCUGGCCAAAGACGUGCUGGCCGAGAUACCCGAGCAGCUGCUGUCCUUCAUGAAGAGCAGGGGCAUCGAGCCACGACCGCCACUCACCUCCUCCUCCUCCUCUCCCUCACCCACCCACCACCAGCCUUCCAGCCUCACCCACCCACAGGCCUCCUGCCAUGCCACCCUCCUCUCCUGCCUCACCCACCGCCAGGCUUCAUGCCAUGACACCCUCCCUGCUCCGCGGGACACCGCCUGCACUGGGCACCACCUCGCACCCCGCUGA